AUGGGCACUAGUAACAAGUAUGUGGAUCCAGAGAUCGCCAACAGUAAGGAUGCGAUUCUCAAGGCGACGUCCAGUGCCAAACGCAUGGUCGGGUACUCGGUAUUGGUUGGCAGUAUGGGAGUGCUGGCGGUUAGUGGAAUCCUCCUCGGACUCCAUUUCAGUGGAAACCUAGACAAAUUGGAUGAUGACGCAGAAGAAAUGGUAGUGAUAAACUCCGGAGCCCAGGUGGGUGCCGACAUCAAAGCCCCUAUCACCGGUGAUGAUAUUUCGAUAACGGACGCGGAUACAUUACUUGAGGAGGAUGACGUAUUGGUUUCAUCACUAUCCCAUGCCGGCUCCGAGCCUGAAUUUUUCCCGGAAUCGGAGGAGGAGGAGUACGAAGAGCAUGAACGUGACAGUCACGUGACUAGCGGCAGCAGUGAAGACGAGAGCGAGGGCGACAGUCACGUUAAUGAUCACAGCAAGAGUAGUGAAGAUGACGAUGAAUUCAACAGCAGUAAUGAAGAUACACACACUGGUGACAAUGAAAGCAGCGAAGUUGAUAGCAACGACUAUGGUGAGGAUAGCAGAGACAGUGAAAGCAACGAAAACAGUAACGAUGAUAAUGAUAAAAGUGAUGAAGACAGUGAUGCUGACAGCAAAGAAAGUGAUGGCGAUAGUGACGGUGAUAGCAAAGAAAGUGAUGACAGUGCCGGUGACAGCAAAGAAAGUGAUGGCGAUAGUGACGGUGAUAGCAAAGAAAGUGAUGACAGUGCCGGUGACAGUAAAGAAAGUGAUCAGAGUGACGAUGAGAGCAAUGAAAGUGAUGACAAUAAUAAUGUCGACAGCAAAGACAGUGAGGGCGAUAGCGACGAUGAUAGUAACGAAAAUGAUGACGACAGUGAUGAUGACAGCAAAGACAGUGAUAGCGGUAACGACGAUGAAAGCAAUGAAAGUGAUGACGAUAGUGAUGAUGACAGCAAAGAAAGUGAUGACGACAGUAAUGAUGACAGCAAAGAAAGUGAUGACGACAGUGAUGAUGACAGCAAAGAAAGUGAUAACGAUAGUGAUGAUGACAGCAAAGAAAGUGUUAGCGACAGUGACAAUGACAGCAAAGAAAGUGAUGACGACAGUGAUGAUGACAGCAAAGAAAGUGAUGACGAAAGUGAUGAUGACAGCAAAGAAAGUGAUGACGACAGUGAUGAUGAGAGCAAUGACAGCGAUGACGAAAGUGAUGAUGACAGCAAAGAAAGUGAUGACGAUAGUGAUGAUGACAGCAAAGAAAGUGAUAGCGGCAGUGACGAUGACAGCAAAGAAAAUGAUAAGAGUGAUGGUGAGAGCAAUGACAGCGAUGACGAGAGUGAUGAUGACAGUAAAGACAAUGAUAGCGGCAGUGAUGAUGACAGCAAAGAAAGUGAUGACGAUAGUGAUGAUGACAGCAAAGAAAGUGAUAGCGACAGUGACGAUGACAGCAAAGAAAAUGAUAAGAGCGAUGAUGAGAGCAAUGACAGCGAUGACGACAGUGAUGAUGACAGCAAAGACAAUGAUAGCGGCAGUGAUGAUGACAGCAAAGAAAGUGUUAGCGACAGUGACGAUGACAGCAAAGAAAGUGAUGACGAUAGUGAUGAUGACAGCAAAGAAAGUGAUAGCGGCAGUGACGAUGACAGCAAAGAAAAUGAUAAGAGUGAUGAUGAGAGCAAUGAAAAUGAUGACGAUAGUGAUGAUGACAGCAAAGACAGUGAGGGCGAUAGCGACGAUGAUAGUAACGAAAAUGAUGACGAUAGUGAUGAUGACAGCAAAGACAGUGAUAGCGGCAGUGACGAUGAGAGCAAUGAAAGUGAUGACGAUAGUGACGAUGACAGCAAAGAAAGUGAUAAGAGUGGCGAUGAGAGCAAUGACAGUGGUGACGACAGUGAUGAUGACAGCAAAGACAGUGAGGGCGAUAGCGACGAUGAUAGCAACAAAAAUGAUGACGAUAGUGAUGAUGACAGCAAAGAGAGUGAGGGCGAUAGCGACGAUGAUAGUAACGAAAAUGAUGACGAUAGUGAUGAUGACAGCAAAGACAGUGAUAGCGGCAGUGACAAUGAGAGCAUUGAAAGUGAUGACGAUAGUGACGAUGACAGCAAAGACAGUGAUAAGAGUGGCGAUGAGAGCAAUGACAGCGGUGACGAUAGUGAUGAUGACAGCAAAGACAGUGAGGGCGAUAGCGACGAUGAUAGCAACGAAAAUGAAGAUGAUAGUGAUGAUAACAGCAAAGACAGUGAUAGCGACAGUGACGAUGAGAGCAAUGAAAGUGAUGACGAUAGUGACGAUGACAGCAAAGAAAGUGAUAAGAGUGGCGAUGAGAGCAAUGACAGCGGUGACGAUAGUGAUGAUGACAGCAAAGACAGUGAGGGCGAUAGCGACGAAGAUAGUAACGAAAAUGAUGACGAUAGUGAUGAUGACAGCGAAGACAGUGAUAGCGACAGUGACGCUGACAGCAAUGACAGCGAUGACGACAGUAAUGAUGACCGCAAAGACAGUAAUAGCGGCAGUGACGAUGAGAGCAAUGAAAGUGAUGAUGAUAGUGACGAUGACAGCAAAGAAAGUGAUAAGAGUGGCGAUGAAAGCAAUGACAGCGACGACGAUAAUGACGAUGAAAGCAAUGAAAGUGAUGACAAUAGUGAUGAUGACAGCAAGGACAGUGAUGGCGAUAGUGACGAUGAUAGCAAAGAAAAUGUCAACAGUGAAGACGACAGUAAAGAAAGUGAUGACAAUAGCGACGAUGAGAGCAAGGACAGUGAUGGCGAUAGUGACGAUGAUAGCAAAGAGAAUGUCAACAGUGAAGACGACAGUAAAGAAACUGAUGACAAUAGCGACGAUGAGAGCAAUAAAACUGAUGACGAUAGUGAUGCUGAUAGCGAUGAUGACAGCAAAGAAAAUGAUAGCAAUAGUGACGAUGAUAGCAAAGAGAAUGAUGAAAACACUGAUGAUGACAGCAAAGACAGUGAUAAUGAUAGCAAUGAAACUGAUGGUGAUAGUGAUGAUGAAAGCAAAGAAAGUGAUAAGAGUGACGAUAAGAGCAAUGAUAGCGAUAAAGACGAUGACGAUGAGAACAAUAUAAGCGAUGACGAUAGUGACGAUGACACCAAAGAAAGUGAUGACGACAGUAACGAUGACAGUAAAGAAAAUGACGAUGACAGUGACAAUAACAGCAAGGAAAAUGAUGGCGAAACGAAAGGAGAUAUCAAUAUCGAAUCUCUACUGAACGAUUUAGUAGGUGAUGAUUUGGACGACAAUGACCAGAAAUCGUCUGGCAGAGAGAAUGACGACAACAACAACGAUGAUGAUGAUGAUGAUGAUGAUGAUGAUGAUGAUGAUGAUGAUGAUGAUGAUGAUGACAAGCAUGACAGUAAGGAAAGUAGCAAUGACAUUGAUAGCAAAGAGAGUGAUGAUGACAACGAUGAUGAAAGCGAUAACGACAUGUCUGACGAUUUGGAUGAUGAUGAUGAUGAUGAUGAUGAUGAUGAUGAUGAUGAUGAUGAUGAUGAUGAUGAUGAAAACAGCAAUGAAACCAAAAGUGUGAAAGACAACGAUGAUUCAUCUAACAAUGACGAUGAUAUAAGUAAUCAAAAUGACGAUGAUUCAAAAAAUGACGAAAGUCAAGAGGACAAUGAAAACAACGAUGAUGAAUACGAUGGCAAGAAUGGAGACGGUUAUGAUGAUGGGGACACAAAAGAUAAUGAUGUUGAUAUUGAUGAUGUUUUUUCUGAUAUGCUGAGUGACGUAUUUGUAGAUGGGUCAAAGGUCAAUGUAUUGAAUGACGAGAAUGGAUUUUCGGGAGUAAGUUUCAAUGUCGGUAUGAUAGAUGACACAGACACCACAGGACUUGGCAAUAAUCAGUUAGAUAAUAACGCUAACAUCGGCGAUGCCUCGUUAUCCAGUCCCGUACUCGCAAUGUCUACAAAUGAGGACAGUGAUUUAUUAGGAGAUGCAUUUAACGAUGGUCUCUCAGUAGCCGCCUCAGCAGUUAGUCCAGAUUUUAAUGUGAUGGACCCAAGCUCCUCUGUAGGAAUGAUAUCUGAUCUGUUAAACGAUGGGUUCGUUAACGAUGAUGAUAUCUGGAACAACAAUAAUGUUGACGAUAAUGGUGAUGAUAUAAACGAUGAUGGCAUUUAUGAUCAGAAUAUUGGCUCCAACAAUGACAAUAAUGAUGACGAGGACAUGGAUAAUAAUGAUGAUAAUUAUAACAACGAGGAAAAUAAUUAUAGCAAUGACGAAAAUAACGAUGAUCAAUAUGAAAACGAUGAAAAUGAUGAUCAUCAUUACGAUAACAACGAUGACAAUAACGAGAAUCAUUAUGAAAACAAUGAAAAUGAUGAUAACUACGACAACAACGAUGACAAUAAUGAUGAUCAUUAUGUUACCAAUGAUGAAAAUGAUAACUACGAUAAUAACGAUGACAGUAAUGAUGAUCAUAACGUUAACAAUGAUGAAAAUUAUUAUAACUACGGUAACAACGAUGACAAUAAUGAGCAUAACCAUAACACUGAUGAAAACGAUGAUGAUAACGAUAACAACGAUGAUAACUACGGUAAUGGUUACGAUACCAAUGAUGAUAAUAAUUUCGUCAGUAUCAACGAUAAUAACAAUGAAGAUGACGACGAGCCUUACAACAACUCCCCAAUAGUACAAGCCGCAAGUUUAACAGAAAAUGAUGACGAGGAGUAG